AUGGUUUCCUUCACCAGCAUUCUCACUGCAGGCCUGUUGGCCACCACUGCCCUCGCUGUGCCCCACAACAUGCACAUGCACCGGGAUCUGCACAAGAUGCAGAAGCGCACCUCCACCAAGCGUGGAGCUGCUUACAACGACGUUUCUACCGUCACCACUCUCGCCGAGACCGGCACUAUCAGCUGGGCCUACAACUGGGUUUUCACCACUGACACCGGUCUCCCCUCUGGCGUCGAAUACGUCCCCAUGCUUUGGGGCACCAGCUUCUUCAGUGGCUGGCUCUCGGCCAUCGAGACCAUCCUGUCCAGCGGAAGUGACUACAUCAUGGGUUUCAACGAGCCGGACAUGGCCUCCCAGGCUGACAUGACCCCCUCCGAGGCUGCUGGUUACUACAUGCAGUACAUCACCCCGUUCUCCGGAUCCGCCAAGCUGAUCUCCCCCGCCGUGACCUCUUCGUCUACCGAUGGUCAGGGUCUGAGCUGGUUCGAGGAGUUCAUGACCGACUGCUCCUCUUGCAACAUUACCGGCCUGGCUGUUCACUGGUACGGUGACUCGAUUGACGACCUCAAGACUUUCGUCGAGGACGCCGUCAGCACUGCCACCAACUACGGCUUGGAGGAGGUGUGGGUCACUGAGUUUGCCCUGAACGCUGAUGUUUCUGGUGUUGUCGAUCAGUCCACCACUGCGGAAUUCGUAACCGAGGCUGUUGCUUGGCUGGAUGCGCAGUCUGGCGUUACUCGCUACUCGUACUUCAUGUGUGCUGACAACUACCUGCUCACCGAUGGUGCGCUGAACUCCGUGGGCUCUGCUUACACCUCGAGUUCCGUUUAA